AUGGGUCAGCCAAGACCGCGGAGGGAGGGGAAAUUCGUCCGGCAACGCCUUGUCCCCAAGGUGGAAGGGACUGCGGAAGCCCUCCAUCUGCUUGUGACGCCGUCCGUCUCGGAUCCGUGCAUGAACGGCUUUCUACCACAGGGCCAGCUGCAGAUGGCACCGGCCGGCUUCGCACGCCUCCUUCCCGGAGUGCCGCUCUUGGUGUUCGCGUUCCUGCCCUGCACCAUCACAGGACCCCCUUGUCCCAAGUCACACGCGUGCGUGUUUCCCUGCCCAGGCACAGAACUGGCCAUCAACAACAACACUACUGAUCGCUGGCUGCCCACCGAGCCGGGCCAGGAUCAGUCCCUCUCGUGUAGGGUGCAGAAUCCCAGCCAGGCUGAGGAGCUACUCUGGUUUCGUGAGGAUGGGAGGGUCAGUCUGCAGGAGGGGAACCGAGUGAACGCCAGCGACAUCUGCAUCUCCCCCGUCUCCGUGGACGACAACGGGGUCUCCUUCACGUGCCAGCUGGCUCGGAAUCAAUCCGCCCGGAUCUCCGUGGUGCUGGACGUUGUGUUCCCACCCAUCUUAGCCGGAGAAAACCUUACGUCCGUACAAGAAGAGGACGACGCAACACUGAACUGCCGCACCAAGGCCAACCCUGUGGCCGAGAUGACGUGGUAUAAAGACAAGCUCUUCCUCAGCCUGACGGAGCCCCGAUACCGGAUUUUACAGAGCAGCGAGCUUUUUCAGCUGGUCAUCCAGAAAGUCCAGAAAUCCGACAGCGGGAAUUACACCUGCAUGGCGGUAUCCAGCCGCGGAAAUGCGAGCUGGCAAUUCCAACUGGUUGUCCAAGGUAAUCCUGCAUGGACUGGCCUGCCCGAGAGCAAGCAACCUGCCGGCGGCUGCCUGGCGGUGCCCCGGGGCAGGGGUCCGUUCCGUUUAUGUCGGGCUGGCAGCGGCAGCCCCCGAGCUGUCGGGAUGGCUGCGUGGCCAGCCGUGGGCAGUGCCCCGUGGAAGGCGUGACGGCAGCACUUGCAGGCCCGUGCCAGGGCUGCCUGGGGCCCGGACUCUGCCGGAUGAUAGAGGGCUGGAUGUCCGGCCCUGGGCGAGGGAGCCAGACUAGGCAGCUUUCGCAUCCCUCCAGCUCCUGAGCAAGGCUCCUGGGAGCCCGUGGCCUCACCCAAGCAUCUUCGGGACCCAGCUUGCGUUCAGGUCCUUACGCGUACAGUUGGGGCUGAGCCGCAACUGGGAUCCGUUGUAGCACAUGCUAAACUCUUGGCUGCAGCAGGGCCAUGGUGCUUGUGCCCCUGGGGAUGUGCCAGAGGGCCUCCCGGACUCUCUCGACACAGGGCGGUCCCUGACACAAAGCCCCUUGUGCGGUGGAGCUCCCGGUCGGGGAAGCCGCAGGAUGCACAGGGUCUGGUCUGCGGCUCCGCCAGUGUCUCAUCGGCAUGCCGUUAUGGGAAGCACC